AGCCGCCGUAGCAGGAGGUGGAGGAAUACUGGUGGUUUGACGUGGAAUAUUUCCGUAAAGAGGCGAUGGAGGAGUAGCUCUUUGUAGCUCCGAGUCAGCCCGUCCUAACAUCACAUCGAGACGGGAUUCAACCCCGAAACCGGUCCGGUCUGGGUGCUCAGGAGCCGCCAGAAACCAGUCUUGCGUAGACUGAGCCCUCCGCGCCGCGCCUCCAUCCGUUCACCUACAAUCAUGAUUAAAGCCAUUUUAAUAUUCAACAACCACGGGAAACCAAGGCUUUCUAAAUUCUACGAACAUUUUAAUGAAGACAUAGAGCAACAGAUCAUCAGGGAAACCUUCCACUUGGUGUCCAAGAGAGACGAAAACGUCUGCAAUUUCCUAGAAGGUGGAAUGUUGAUCGGAGGAUCGGACUACAAGCUGAUCUACAGGCACUACGCCACGCUGUACUUUGUGUUUUGUGUCGACUCUUCGGAGAGCGAAUUAGGAAUUUUAGACUUAAUCCAGGUAUUUGUGGAAACGCUGGACAAAUGCUUCGAGAACGUCUGUGAGCUUGACUUAAUCUUUCAUGUGGACAAGGUCCACCACAUUCUGGCGGAGAUGGUGAUGGGCGGGAUGGUCCUGGAGACCAACAUGAACGAAAUCAUCACACAGGUGGACCUCCAGAACAAGAUGGAGAAGUCCGAGGCCGGUAUUGCAGGAGCACCUGCUCGUGCCGUAUCAGCUGUAAAGAACAUGAACCUCCCGGAAAUGCCCAGAAACAUCAACAUAGGCGACAUAAGCAUAAAAGUGCCAAAUUUACCUUCCUUCAAGUAGCGACUGCGAGAUCCUGAGCCUGCGGAUGUCAGCCCAUGUUUACCCGAUGCAGUCCGUUUACCACAUGGCUAACUUUUACCUAAACUAAAUCUUGAAGGUACUGUGGGAUUUGACACUCCCAUGUUGUGGCGUUUAUCUUUUCGAUUGGUCUGUUAAAAGUUUCAUUUUUUCUUUGUUUGUUUGAAGGAAAUAAUGAAGUAUUUAUUUAUCGUUGGUACAUUCCUUUACUGGAGGUUGGCUUGUGAUGUAAAGCUCCUCCUCUCAAAGAUCUGUAGCAGCUUCUUUAGUUACUGAAACCAUUUCAGUUACAAGUGUUAACUUCAAAGCAUGACCCGCAGAGACGUUUUUGGGACAUUUUCACUGAUUUGGUUAUUCCAACUUGAAGAAAUCAUUUAAAGAAGAAAGAAAGGUGAAAUGAUUACGGUUCCAGAAUGGAAACAGAUCUGCUACGGUGUUACAAAAGACGAUGUUGCAUUACAGAUACUCAGAAAUAUAAACAUAUCUAAGUGCUGAUUUUCUUUUUCUUACUUGUAUGCAAAACAUUUUAAAGAUGUAUCUUGUUUUAUUAGAUUAUUCUUUAAUUUUUCAUCUGUGCAUGAUUUUAUUUCUCUGCUUUUUCAACAAUAAACAGUUUAAAACAA